UGUAGCUGGGACAUGCCUGUAAAAGGCAAAGGGGGCGGGUAAACAGGCAGCACUAAUCAAUCCAUCAUCACUCACAUUAUUCGAUGUGCUACUAGUGCGGUCUGCUUAUCAUGGCGGCGGUUGAGAGUGCGACCCAGUUCCAGGAGGUGCUGGAAAAAGCUAAGAGGUCAUUGGUCGUUGUUCAUUUUUGGGCAUCAUGGGCUCAGCAGUGUUUGCAAAUGAAUGAAGUCAUGACUGAACUGUCCAAAGAAUAUCCACAUGUUAUAUUUGUAAAGCUUGAAGCUGAAUCUGUUCCAGAAGUAUCUGAAAAAUAUGACAUUAGUUCAGUGCCUACUUUCUUGUUUUUUAAGAAUUGUCAGAGAAUUGAUCGAGUAGAUGGUGCCCGUGCUCCUGAUUUAACUAAAAAAGUGCAGCAGCACAGUGAGACUACCAAACAAGACUUGAAUGAACAAUUGGGGAAACUUCUAAAUUCCGCGCCUUGUAUGUUAUUUAUGAAGGGAACUCCUCAAGAACCUCGGUGUGGCUUCAGCAAGAAGAUUGUGGAAAUUCUCAACGAGCAUAAUAUUCAUUUUUGCAGCUUUGAUAUUCUUUCUGAUGAAGAUGUGCGUCAGGGCCUAAAAGUUUACUCUAACUGGCCUACAUAUCCUCAACUGUAUGUGAAUGGAGAACUGGUGGGGGGACUUGAUAUUGUAAAGGAGCUAGCUGAAACUGGUGAACUGGAAAAAACUUGUCACAAGGAAAUGCGAUUGGAAGAAAGGUUGAAAGCACUGAUCAACAAAUCAAAAGUCGUUCUGUUUAUGAAAGGAAACAAAGCAUUGGCAAAAUGUGGAUUCAGCCGCACUAUUGUGGGAAUACUGAAUGAAACUGGUGUUGAGUAUGAAACGUUCGACAUUUUGGAAGAUGAAGAAGUGAGGCAGGGGUUAAAAAAAUUUUCCAACUGGCCAACAUACCCACAAUUAUAUGUGAAUGGUGAACUUAUUGGUGGGCUUGAUAUUGUGAAGGAAUUGGAAAAAAGUGGAGAGCUUCUUUCAACCUUAAAAGGAGAAAAUGCUAGUUAGAAUUUUACAAAAAGAACAAUCACCAUCAUACAUAAUGUCAAUUUUAAAAAUUGUUCAUUGGCAAUAAUGUGGUCUAAAGUCAGGUAACAGAAUAGUGAUUAUAAAUCAUUUUUGAUGUUUUCAUGCUUUGGUAAUUCAUGAAUAACAAGGUAGCAUAAAGGGAGCAAAAUGCAAAUGUUAGAACAGUAAAAUAUUAUACCUCUUUUAUUAUAAUAAAACAUUACUGUUAUAUAUGGUGUGACUUUUUAUUGCACAGUGAAUAUAAGAAAUGUUCACCACUUUAAGCACAGUCUGGUGAAAUAAUUAUUAGUAAAAAGGUCCAACUUUAUAUUGUGCAGAGUUCAAGUAACUUUAACGUGCUGUUAAUAUAUUUGCAUGCAAAUUAAUUGUGCGCUUUGGUCAUUUGUUUCUAUGUUUGUGACUUAUUUGAUAAAUAAAUAACAAGUUUAUUUUUGUUGAUGCCCAGUGAGCCACAUUUAGACACGGCUGUGAAAAACCAGAAUUUUUAAAAAAUUGAUCCAAAGUAUCUCAAUAGAAUCUUUUAUUAGUAUACCUGCUUGGGUAUCAUGCAUAAAGUGCUGAACUAUGUUGCCAUCUCUUGCUAUAAAUAUUUUGAGACUAAUUUUCAUUAAAAAGCUACUUCAAUAUGAGUACAGUGCAUUUUAAUUAAAUGCUUAAACUUAAUCUAGAUUUGGACAUUAAUUAUGCCUGUCAACUAUCAAUUUUCUAGACCUUCACUUAAAAAAACAAAAUGCUGCCAAGGUUUGAAAAAUUUGUGCGAUUAAUUAUUCUUUAUGUAAAAAAAAAAUACAUGAAUACAGCCUUUCAACUAAAUAUUUACAAGUUUGCCAUAUAUUACAAAGCUUUAGAUAACUACAGAGCUCUAAAUUGCAAAUAAACUAAGAUUUUAAAAACCUCAUUUCUAGUAGCAUUAGAAAUAGUGCUAGGUGGGGAGGAAUUGGAUGUCAGUAUCUCUAAGAAGUUGUUCUCUUUUGAAUUUUGAACCAAGAAUUGGCACUGGGUUCAAAAAUAAUGUCACCAAGCUAGGUACCACAACUAUUGCCCAUUAAGGAGGUGGUUCUGAAUCGGGUAGCAAAUUCGGGUUAGUCAUAUAUUGUGAGGAAGGUAAAAUACUUUUAGAUGUAAUGAUUUUUAUGUAUUUGGGAGGUUGAUGUUGUGCAGCAAGAGGCCAUUUGGUCCAUCUGCCUGUGCCAGUUUUUUUUUUUGUCCAAAUGAUUCCAUUUGUCUUUCUUUCAAUCCAGUAGCUGCAGUUUUUUUUAUCAGCAUUUUAUUAUUGCAUUUACCUCUACCACUGUUUCAGCAGAUUGUCAUAAUUCUUUGCAUUAGGACUAAUCUACAUCUUUGGUCCUGUUGCCAGUUGCUGUAAAACUAGUUUUUGACCCUUCUCUCACUAAAAAGUCUUGAACACAUUAAAAAAAUCUAACUUUC